GGCAACAAAUUCCUCGGGAGAGAAGGCAAGGCGGGGGUUAUUCCCUUUGAUUAUCCAGCCUAGCUGAUCACUGACUCUUUAAUUCUCGCUGUUGGGGAUAAGACUCCCGGCUCAGGAGACUUUUGGGGGCCACACAACGCUGACUUGUCGCUACAGAUGUUGCGCUGCAGAGACGUUAAAGUCAGGCGCUGUAAAGGAACAAUAGAUUUGCGGUCAAGAUCUGAAGAUAACAAGUACCUGGGAGGCUUGCAUAUCUAGAAUUGUCUUGUUUUCAGGGACUGUUUCUGACCCAAAUAAAGGAAAAUUGGAUUCAACACGCUAAAAGAUUUUGAGACAUUGCCAUAAAAGUGCUCUCAAUCUAGUUCCUUAUUUAGCUGAAGAGGCGACUGUCAUCUGUUUUGUAACCAGCAGCAGAUGGAUUUCUACUCUUUCAGAGGAUAUUUCAGUAGAUACAGAAAACCGCUCUGUUGCUUUUUCGUCUGUCAGCAUGGAAUACAAGAGCCCGCAAGCAUUAUAUAAUGGAGGGACCGGUGAAUUAAGAAAUUGAAUUCACAACUUGUUGGGUCCAUCCGGAGGAUCAAGCCAUGGUUUGUGUACGCCUGUGCUGCCGGGUUUUUCUUUAUAGAAGAACCGUUUGGAUCCCGCCAGUGGUGUGUUUGACGGUCUUCCUGAUGUAUCUCUCUUUCUUCGCUGACUUUUCAAACCCCGUGGAAAGGGUUGACCAAAUAGAUCAACACAGAUGCGUGUGUGGCCGUUGUAGGCCGAAGAAGAAAACCACAGAAUGGUAUGAGGAACGGUUCAACGAAACGAUAGAGCCUCUUCUCACGAGGAAGGAUCAGCAGAUGCCAGCGCAUGUUCAGAAGUGGUGGCUGAAACUCCAAGGAUUAAACAAUGCAAGCACCAUUCCGGGAAUUUUGGAGCGCAUGUUCAAGGUUGUAUCUACUGGGAAUCCAUAUGAGGAACAAGAAAACCGACCAUGCCGAAGCUGUGCUGUGGUGGGAAAUUCUGGGAACCUCAAAGGAUCUGGACAUGGGGAGAAGAUUGAUUCCCAUGGAUUCAUUUUCAGAAUGAAUGGAGCUCGCACCUCAGGGUUUGAAGCAGAUGUUGGCUCUCGAACAACUCAUCACUUUAUGUACCCAGAGAGUGCUGUACAUCUACCGCACGGAGUCCAUAUGGUGCUGAUCCCAUUCAAACUACAGGACCUUAAAUGGAUCACCAGUGCUCUUACAACAGGAGAAGUCACGUUCACUUACACAAGGGUGAAGAAAUUUAUUGAGGCUGACAAAGACAAGGUAUUGAUAUUUAAUCCUGCUUUUUUUAAAUAUAUUCAUGAUAACUGGACCAAUCAUCACGGGAAAUAUCCAUCUACUGGAAUGCUGGCGAUAUUCUUUGCUAUACAUAUAUGUGAUGAGGUAUCUGUAUUUGGGUUCGGAGCAGACGGAAAUGGGAACUGGCAUCACUAUUGGGAAAGAAACAGAUUUGCUGGAGCGUUUCGCUGGACAGGGGUCCACAAUGCAGAGUUUGAAUCGACACUCAUAACAAAAUUAUCUACGGAAGGAAAACUGAAAUUUUAUAAAUAAAUCAUGACUCUGCAUGGUUACAAAAGC